AUUGUUUCAUGACAAAGGAGAAAACAUUUCCAUUUUAUUUCAAAGGGAAAAACAAGAACUCAAUCAAACAGAAGAGUGUUGUUUGGUCACCACAGUACAGAUUUUUUUCUUCUUCUUUCCUCUUUCACUUUCCACACACACACAAAUACACACACAUAAAUACACACACUCCUCCGUGACAACAACAACUAAACCACAAUAAAACCCCUCACAAGAUUCAACACACGCACCAUUUUCCACCAAAAGGGCAAAUCCUCCAUGAUUCUAUAACCAACCAUAACUUUCUUGAUUAUAAUCAAACACAAGAGUUCUUGAUUUACAGUGCAACUUCACCUCAAAAUAAGAGUUCUUGAAUUCAAGACUAAAUUUUUAUUUUUUUCAUUUUUUUUUCUUUCACCUUUUUGUUAAUCUCUGGUUUAAAUCUGCUGAUUUUGCUCAUCCGGGUCUGAUUAAUUUGUCGAUAUAAUAGUAAAGUUUGGACCUUUUUGACAUUUGAAGUUGAAAGCUGAUUCGAAAAGGUGGCGAAGAGCUUCAUAUCUUGCUUGUUGUUCUUCGUUUAUUUAAAAGUGGAGACUUGUAAGCGAUACGAUUGAGCUUUAUGGAGAACCAAUACCAGCUCGCUUUUAGCUAAAAUGAAGAAAGUGCAGGUCGAAACUCUUAGGAUAAGCAAAACUCACCGGACGUAAAGCCUAACAUUAUACAUGAUUCGCAAAACGAGCUGCCGAAUAAUGGCACCGAGACUUUUAUACAGGACUCGGGUUCAGUUUCGGUAUCGAGCAAUGACAACAGAAAAGUAUCCCGUGAAGAUAUCGAACUCGUUCAGAAUUUGAUCGAACGGUGUCUACAGUUGUAUAUGAAUAGAGACGAGGUGGUUAAGACCCUACUGAAUCGAGCUAGAAUAGAUCCUGGUUUCACAACGUUAGUAUGGCAGAAGUUAGAGGAAGAAAAUGCCGAUUUCUUCAGGGCGUACUACAUAAGGCUAAAAUUGAAGAAACAAAUUAUUUUGUUCAACCACUUGAUCGAGCAUCAAUAUCAUCUAAUGAAGUAUCCCGCGCCGCCUAAGGUUCCGUUAGUUCCCAUGCAGAAUGGAAUUCAUCCAAUGCCUGUCAACAAUUUACCGAUGGGAUACCCCGUUAUGCAGCACCCUCACAUGCCUGCCACAGGACAACCUCACAUGGACCCCAUGGGAUAUUCGACUGCCAGCUGUCACAUCGUGAAUGGUAUUCCCGCUCCAGGCAAUUUUCAUCCUAUGCGCAUCAAUUCCGGUCACGAUAUGAUGAUCGACACUAGUGGAGCUGACGUGUCACCGAUUAUGGCACAGAAUAACGCCAUGUCAUCAAUGUCUGAUAUGCCUGUGAGCCCCACAUCAGUGGCUUCGAGCGGACAUUUUCCGUUUAGUGCAUCGGAUAUAUCAGGCAUUGGGGUCGAUGCUUCAGGGCUCGACACGGCUUUUACAUCUGACGUGGCGAGUUCGGUAGGGCUACAGCUUCCACCGGAUAAUGGAGUCGGAAAUUCGAGAGAUUCCCUUAGAUCCUUGGCUCAGAUUCCUUGGAAUUUUAGCCUUUCGGACUUAACAGCAGAUUUAUCCAACUUGGGAGAUUUAGGAGCUCUUGGAAACUAUCCCGGUUCUCCUAUUUUGCCGUCUGAUUCAGAUAUUCUACUCGAUUCUCCCGAACAAGAGGAUAUAGAAGAGUUCUUUGUCGAUUCAGAUUCUGUUCCGGGGCCAUGCCAGCUGUCGGAUGAAGAGAAGUCCUAGAUCCCAAAGGUGAGAGACGAUUUCACCCUUCAUCAAGUUUGUCGAAACUAGUCUAGAUUGAGGUGAUUUAAAAAGAAAAUAAAAAAAUUUAUUGAAGAAGCAAAAAUCAGCUUAUCUCUCUAUAUAUAUUAGGCUAUGUGAUGAAGGCCUAGUUAACAUCAGUGUUUAGACAACAGAGGUUUUUUUCUCAGAUAACAUAGUUCGAUCUCUUGUUGUUUGUUAGAAGCAGUUACGGAAACCUCGUUUUUUAUUUUACUCCUAAUUUCGAUAUAUAGCAAAUGAUGGCAUCUUUGAAAAGCAAGAUCUUGUCAUGCUGUGUUUGUAUUUUUCUUGACUCGAGUAAUAAAUUAUUCGUACUUUGGAUAUU